CUUCCCGGGCGGGGGAGCUUUGCGGGCCCCGGAACCUGGAUGCCGGCUCCGCGGGUGGCUGAAACGCGGCGGGGCGCUCUGCCGCUAUGCAGGUUGCGGGGUGGUGCACGCAGGGGCUGGGCCCCGGUGCAUGGCGGUCAGGCGGCGGACUGGGCGCCGUCGGGUUCCCGCAGGCUUAAAACUCACUGUUCCACAAAUCUCUUGCUCUGGCUCCUGGCGCUCUCUGAGAGCACACUGAAUAAAGUGAAAUUCAUGUCUGAGGAGCAGUCAUCCGGGCAGGAUGGAGAGCUUGGGCCUGCAAGCAGUGACCCUUAGUGAUGGGACGACAGCCUACAUUCAGCAGGCUGUCAAAGAUGAAAAGCUGAUAGAAGGGCAAGUCAUUGAACUUGAAGAUGGGACCACAGCUUACAUUCAUCAGGUGACUGUUCAGAAAGAGUCUGUAGCUUUUGAGGAUGGGCAGCCAGUGUUGUUGGAAGAUGGCACUAUGGCGUACAUACACAACACACCUAAAGAGAGUUACAAUUCCAGCACCCUUGAGGCGGUCCAGCUGGAGGAUGGCUCCACCGCCUACAUACAUCGUCCUGUCAUUGUGCCACCUGGCAGCACCAUCCUGGCAGUGCAGGCAGAAUCUGUGCUGGAGGAGUUGGUUGGAGAGGAGGAAGAGGAUGCCUUUGAUGCUGAGACCAUUAAUGCAUUAAAGCAGUAUGCCAGCAAGGUAUCUGAUGAGGAAGAGGAGGGAGUAACAAAUAUCUGCUGUAUGAAGAGUGAGGAUUCUGGCGAUGUCCCUCCCCAGGAUUUGCAGGAAGAAGUGCACAGCAAUGAGAAGGGGCAGCAGGUUGCCAGUAGAGCUUUCCGUUGUGGGUACAAAGGCUGUGGCCGCCUCUAUACCACAGCCCACCAUUUAAAGGUACAUGAACGUGCUCACACAGGUGAUCGGCCAUAUACAUGUGACUUCCCAAGCUGUGGCAAAGCAUUUGCUACAGGGUAUGGGCUGAAGAGCCAUGUGAGAACACAUACUGGUGAAAAACCUUACAAGUGUCCAGAAGACAUGUGUACCAAAGCCUUCAAAACUUCUGGGGAUCUACAGAAACACAUCAGAACACACACAGGGGAGCGUCCCUUCAAGUGCCCAUUUGAGGGUUGUGGCCGCUCUUUUACCACAUCCAACAUCCGCAAGGUUCACAUCCGAACGCACACAGGCGAGCGGCCUUACAUGUGCCCGGAGCCCAACUGCGGAAGGGGUUUCACCAGUGCCACCAAUUACAAGAACCAUAUGAGAAUCCACACAGGAGAGAAGCCGUACAUGUGCACUGUGCCGGGCUGUGGAAAGCGCUUCACAGAGUACUCUAGCCUCUACAAGCACCACGUGGUCCACACGCACUGCAAGCCCUACACCUGCAAUAAUUGUGGGAAGACCUACCGCCAGACCUCCACGCUGGCCAUGCACAAGCGCAGCAGCCACGGUGAGCUGGAGGCCACAGAGGAGAGCGAACAGGCCCUCUACGAACAGCAGCAGCUGGAGGCUGCUACUGAAAGAGGCUCCCUGCUGAAGAGCCAGCAUAUUGCUUUCCUGUCAGAGAUGGAGGAAGAUGAGGACGAAGAGGAAGAUGAUGGUAUGCCUACGCAGGUCUCGCUUAUCUCUCAGGAUGGGACGCAGCAGGUCAGACUAUCCCAGGAAGACCUGCAGGCCCUGGGCAGUGCAAUCAGUAUGGUGACGCAGAGCAGUGCCCUUGCAGAGCCUGAGGAAGAGCUCACAGGUGAUGACUCACACACCGUGACUAUGAUCAACAGUGAUGGCACUGAGACGCAACCGGUUACAGUAGUCACCUCUGGGACAGUCAUGUCUGAGGAAUCAGCCAUCACAUCCCCCCGUCAUCAGCAGGUGGCAUUGCUGGCUACUGCCAAUGGCACCCACAUUGCAGUGCAGGGAUGUCUGAGAAACUUGGCUGCCUUCUGCUGGAGCUCUGCUGUUUCCCUGGGCUCAGAGCGGUGACUUUAUCCUGCUCCUUGCCUUGGAGACUGACUCCCUAUGCCUGAUGGAGAUGACAGGUUGUGUCUUCUGUUGUUAACUCCUUCGUGGCCAAGACUCUGAAGACUUACCAGUCUUCUGUGUAGGCCUGGAGCUACAGCAGUUUCAGCAGUCACUGUGUGCAAAAUCUAUUCUGGAGAGGCACUUCCUACCCUUUCCCCUUUAGGAAUGGUCCAACCACUGCCUACUCCUGUGUGAGGGGCAAGUGGGCAGUAUAUGCGCAGAAGCAAUAAAGCCUCAAAAAGUGAAGCAUCAGCACCAGCCUAGGCAGUCCUGGGCUCAGUGUUUUUGAGUGGCAGCCACUUCCUGAUGCGGGAAGUCAGUUUGCCCUGGUGCACACUGAGCAAGCACCCAGGCAGGCUCCACGUGCACCUGGGCACAACAGCAGUUCUGUCUCUACUACAGUCCUCUAAAGCAAAUUUCCUUGGCAGAUUCACCACUCUGGAGUAGAGGAAAAUCUUGCCUCCACAGCUGCCAACCAGCACUUCUUGACGGCUGAGCUAGACUUGUAUGUAAAUACUGAGUUGAAAUAAAAACAAAUGUCUUUUUAUAAAAAGAAAAA